CACAUGCAAGCCCGACAGGAAAGAUGCUGCCAACUCUUCAGAUUUGGGCAUUGUUCUCUGUCUCAAUCUUGUACCUGUUUCAGCCGGUUCAUUUGAAGAAGGUUUUCCGAUGUCCUUCAGCAUGCAGCUGCUCCAAGGAGUCUAUCAUUUGCGUCGGGUUCUCCUACAUCCCAAGGAUUACCCCCAACGACAUCAAUUCUCUGAGCAUCGUCAAUGGGACUUUCUCCGAGGUCAAGGAGGCGAUGUUUGCCCACAUGCCGUCUCUCCAGCUACUGCUUUUGAACUCCAAUUCACUCACAACUAUAAGGGAUGAUGCGUUCGCUGGCCUUCCACACCUGGAGUACCUGUUCAUUGAGAGUAAUAAGAUAGAGACUGCAUCCAAAUAUGCCUUCAGAGGUCUCAGGGACUUGACUCACCUGUCCUUGGCAAAUAACAACAUAAAAGCCUUGCCCAGGGACCUCUUCAUGGAUCUGGACUCACUGAUAGAGCUGGACCUACGAGGCAAUGCCUUUGAGUGUGACUGCCGUGCCAAGUGGCUGAUGACGUGGCUGAAGAACACCAAUGCCACAGUGUCAGAUGUCAUAUGUGCUGGACCUGAGGACAUGAAGGACAAGCGUCUCAAUGAUAUGGCCAGUCUGCAAAAUGAAUGCAUUUCAACUGAUUUUACCCUCCAUCAGUCUGUGGUGUCUGAAUCUCUGUCUGUUGACACUUUCACCUAUAAGAAUGAUGUCUAUGUGGCAAUUGCUGCUCCCAGCAUAGAGAGCUGUAUGGUUUUCCAAUGGGACCACAUAGAAAUGAACUUCAGGACUUAUGACAACAUCACAGGUCAGUCCAUUGUGGGGUGCAAGUCUGUGGUUAUAGAGGACCAGGUGUUUGUCAUUGUGGCUCAACUCUUUGGUGGUUCCCACAUCUACAAGUUUGAUGAGGACCAGAGCAGGUUCAGCAAGUUUCAGGACAUUGAGGUUUCCAAAAUCUCAAAACCAAAUGACAUUGAGACAUUCCAGAUUGGCACUGACUGGUUCUUUGUGAUUGCUGACAGCUCUAAAGCGGGCCUGUCCACCCUUUACAAGUGGAACGACAAGGGCUUUUAUUCAUACCAAUCACUGCACGAGUGGUUCCGAGACACAGAUGCUGAGUUCCUGGAUUUGGAUGGAAAGGCCCACCUUAUUUUGGCAAGUCGCUCACAGGUGCCGGUAAUCUAUCAGUGGAGCCGUAACAGCCAGAAGUUUGCCUUGCAGGGUGAGAUCCCCAACAUGGAGGAUGUGGUAGCUGUGAAACACUUCAAGAUCCAGGAGGAACUCUACCUAGCGAUGACACGCUACAUCGGUGACUCCAAAGUUUUGCGCUGGGGUCCCAAACAGUUUGAGGAGAUCCAGGCCCUGCCAUCACGAGGAUCCAUGAUUCUGCAACCCUUCGCUUUCAAAGAACGUUACUACCUGGCCCUGGGCAGCGAUUACACCUUCUCACAGAUCUACCUGUGGGACACCGAGAAGAAGAUCUUUGAUCGCUUCAAGGAGGUGUAUAUCCAGGCACCGCGCUCCUUCACUGUGGUUUCCACUGACCGCAGGGACUUCAUCUUUGCCUCAAGCUUCAAGGGAAACACACAGAUCUUUGAACACAUCAUCAUCGACUUGAGUCUGUGAGCUAGUUGGGGGCUGCGCCUUAUUGCCUCUCCCGCAUCCAAUGUCUUCCACGAAAAAGUUACAUAUUUGAAGGGAAAAGAGAGGAAGGGAAAGGAUGUAAUAAACUGUUGGGUAUCAAUUCCUAUUUAGUUUUCUGUCAUAAAUAACAGCUGGGUCAAGUAGUGUUGAGGAUCUUUUUAGGAUCUUUAUCUUUGCUUGAUUAUGUGUCAGGGGCCUUGUCCCAUCAUAUAUUCUAAAGGACUCUCAGACUUUCAGAAGUCCAACCACUUUGGAAAGGCUGUGAUGAACAGUGAAGAGGUGUGAAUAGAUCUGAGAUAUAAUUUUUGCAUAUUUUUGCAACCAGUUUAUUAUCCCCUGUGCUUAUUGUUUUAUACAAGAAACAAGUUUCCAGCUGGAUGUCAGACAGAUCUUGGGCUACCAAAUUUGUCAGGCCCUGCUUAAGUUUUGGAUCAGCUGAGGUAGUAAGGAGUUUGGUUGCUCCUUCAUGUGCCACUUAACCUCAUGUCCUCAUACCCUCUAGUAAUGUACAGUAUGUUGCCUUAUCUGCACUGGGGUACCGUGUUGUGAUGGGCCUACAAUGCCCCCCUCUGGCCGUGAUGAAGUAUCACACCCCUUUGCUUUUUACAUACAGGGAAAUGUCUUGAAAGCACAAACCUUUAAAGCUGAGAGCCCAGUCCAUAGAGUCCAGUUAUUUUGUCAGAGUUGUUACUGUAGGUGCUAUAGAUUAUUCUGCAAACAGUAAAGUAUCAAGCCGUGGUUUUAUUUUAGGAAGUCAUACUGAGGACUGGUUAUAGCUGAAGCCUUCUUAAACAAAAAAUGUAAGUGCAGAAUCCCCAUUUAGCUACCUUUUUAGUCCAGAGGUAAGAGUGGUAGAAGUAGAUAGAAGCCCUUCUUCUUCCAUUCUGUGGAAAGGACCUGUAUCUAUUGUAAUGUCAGGGAAAUUCAGUUUGCUUGCAAAUAAAAAAAAAAAGUGAACAGCAUUUCUUUUCAAGGUCAAGAAGAA